AAGCAGAGGUAAAACAUGUGUAGCACCUGCGGGCAUGGGAAAGCGAGAUGCAGAGCGGAGAAGAGCCGAUUGCUGCUCUUGGUUCAUUCUCUUCUCUUUCCUUGUUCCUUUACUACUGAAUCAAGCCAGUCGAAUUCAAUGAAGGAUAGCCGAGGAAAUUCUAUUGCGUUAUUCUUCAAAAAAUCAGAAAUGAUCAAACUCAUUUACAUGGAGUCAUCGGGUGGCCGGGAGGCGCCGCCGUGCCGGCGAAACAGGGGAGGCGUUGCACCGGCGGUCAGGGGAUUAUUAGGCCCAAUUUUAAUAAGGCCUAAUUAAAUUCUUAUGAAAUAGGCCGGUCCAAUUUCGAGAUGCAUAAAGUAGGCCCAAAUUCCCCGAAAAGAAUUAAAAUCAUCAGAAUCAAACUGAAUUCACCAGAAUUUGCUGGAAACAUCUGCUUUCAAUUCAUUGCGAAAAUAUUUACCCCCCAAAAAGGAGGAAAAUCAUUGCGAAACAGUAAAAGGAGGAAUCGAGAAACUGAACUGUAAUGCCAUGAGCGGUGGCGACGCCGACAUGAUGGAGGCGGAGGCCGAGGCUCCGCCGCGUGAGGUCGGCCUCGCUUCUGACCCUAACCGUAUUAGGAAUUUGCUGGUGAUGGCUCGCAAGCUCAUUAAUCAAGGCAAGCCUUCCCAGGCACUCGAAGCGGUGAUCAUGGCUAUGAAAAUACAAGGCGGAGACAUAGCUGUAUCUCAAGGUCUGAGUCGUGCUCAAGAACUAUACAUGAAUAAAAUUCAAGCCACUUCUGCUGCUGAUGAGUUGGCUUCACUGUUUGCUGAAUGUGCAAUUGCGGAGGCCAUCCCUUUGCAGCCUGAACUAUCCCACCAAACGAAAAGUGAGGAGGAGGCAAUCGAGCCCGAUCCUCAAGAGAGAUCAAUCCUUGCUGAGACAGGGAGGAGGCAGGUCAUGCUUGACGCAUUCUCUGAUGGGAGCAGCUUCGUCUGCUUGCAGUGUGGGGGUCUCGUUAGCAACCAACGUAAAGAGGAGCACUAUGCUUUCUGGUGUUAUAAAGCCUGAGUCACCUUUCUCGUGUUAAGGUUAGUCGUGUACAUUUCUGGAGAUGCACGUAUUGAUCUUGAUGUAUGUUAUGCCCUACCAUUAGAGCGCCUUAAUAUGAAAUUUCUUGCAAACGGAGCACCACUUUUCUUUCCUCAGGUGUGGAAUUGGGGUACCGGUGAAUCUGGUGAACCAUUUUAUGUGAAAUAUACCUUUGUAUCUUUCAACUUUGUAUCAUCAAAUUGACUUACUGGAUGAAAUAAUACAGAGUGCUAUCUAUUUUAUUA